AUGUUCAACGGGGAUGCGGCGGCCGGCGCGGGCAGGAGCGUGGUGCGCAGCUCCAGCAUCAGCGGUGAGAUGUACAGCACCGAGAAGAGCACUCGCGGCAGCACCGACACCGGCACCGCCGUCACCGCCAGCAAGAAGCGGCGCUCCAGCCUCGGUGCCAAGAUGGUGGCCAUCGUGGGGCUGUCCCAGUGGAGCAGGAGCACACUGCAGCUGAACCAGACUGAGGGGGGUCCUAAAAAGCUGCGCAGCAACAUCCGGAGGAGCACGGAAACCGGCAUCGCAGUGGAGAUGAGGACCAGGAUCACCCGGCAGAGCAGCCGGGAGUCCACCGACGGCAGCACCAACAGCAACAGCUCGGACGGCACGUUCAUCUUCCCCACAACCCGGCUGGGAGCCGAGAGCCAGUUCAGUGACUUCCUUGACGGGCUGGGGCCAGGCCAGCUGGUGGGACGGCAGACACUGGCCACGCCACCCAUGGGUGAUGUCCAUGUUGGCAUGGCUGACCGCAACGGGCAGCUGGAGGUGGAGGUGAUCCAGGCCAGGGGACUCAUCCCAAAGAUGGGCUCCAAGUCCAUCCCUGCCACCUACGUGAAGGUUUACCUGCUGGAGAACGGCAUCUGCCUGGCCAAGAAGAAGACCAAGGUGGUGAAGAAGACCUGCGACCCCUCGUACCAGCAGCCUCUGCUCUUCGAGGAGAGCCCCCAGGGCAAAGUCCUGCAGGUGAUCGUCUGGGGAGACUACGGGCGCAUGGACCACAAGUGCUUCAUGGGGAUGGCACAGAUCAUCCUGGAGGAGCUGGAUCUCUCCAGUGCGGUCGCUGGCUGGUACAAACUGUUCCCCACCUCCUCACUGGCCGACCCCAGCAUCGGGCCCCUGACACGCCGACUCUCCCAGUCCUCCCUGGAGAGCUCCACCAGCCCCUCCUGCCCAUAG